AAAUCGGCAGUGUAUCAAAUACUUGUUCUCCCCACUGUAUAUCUUCGACACGCUGGUUUCAUGGCACUUAAAAUACCAAAAUGUAUUUUAGCAGGCUUGUAACAACUGUGUGGGACACUCGCUAGAUCGCUAAUUAGUAGCUUGAAUCAAACUGCGUGUAGCCUAGGCAAGAAACCGUGACGGUGAAAAACAACUCGUAACUGCAGCCUAAAGUUAUAUUGACCAUGACACGUAACCAGCUGCAAGGCCUGUCAUUAGGACAAUACAAAUACAUGUUAACUGAAAACAGGAAACGCCAGCAAAGUGGCGCGGAAGAGGAGAAUGGCCAGCUGGUGCCUAAGGCCAAAAGGUCGAGCAGAGGAGCUAACCCCCUCUUCCCUGAGCUGGGCCGGGACGCAUGGGACUCGGAGUUGUCCAACAGUGAGAGCAGUGGGAUCAGCAGUCCGGACCAUGCGGUGGGGAGCAGCAGCAGUAGCCAGUGUGCCGUGGACAGCCUCAGUGGGGCCCAACCCUACGCCCCUGGCCCAUGCAGUCCCCUCAGCUCAGCUCUCUCCUCAGAGCUAGCUGACCCCACUAACCUGGUCUCGUACCACCAAAUCAACCGCAUCCUGCGAGAGGCUCACUUUGAGAGUCUGCAGUGCCGAGGCCACCCCAGAGACACAUGAUGAUUCCCCCCAUUCCAGCCAUGCUUCUCUGGGGCAGGAGAGGACCGACCACAACCUGGGCAUGCCCAGAGCAUUACAUGGUGGAUCACUCACUCAGCAGUACUAUCCCUCUACAUCUCCAGUUUCCAUAACAUCGCAGCAGCUCUAUGCUAUCUGCAUAUCGUUGGAUGGAGACUAGCUAGUCCCAGCCUGCUGUAGUAUUGAAACUUGGCUAACCAUUUAGAAUGUAAAAAGAAACCUGUUCAUAUUGUUGGCAAUAAUAACUGUUUGAUCCCAUUGGGAAUAUCCUGACCUGUGACUCUCUUUGUUGUUCUGGACCAGUCUGGGUUACGUGCUGCAUAGUACCAGUCUGGGUUACGUGCUGCAUAGUACCAGUCUGGGUUACGUGCUGCAUAGUACCAGUCUGGGUUACAUGCUGCAUAGUACCAGUCUGGGUUACAUGCUGCAUAGUACCAGUCUGGGUUACAUGCUGCAUAGUACCAGUCUGGGUUACAUGCUGCAUAGUACCAGUCUGGGUUACAUGCUGCAUAGUACCAGUCUCGGUUACAUGCUGCAUAGUACCAGUCUCGGUUACAUGCUGCAUAGUACCAGUCUGGGUUACAUGCUGCAUAGUACCAGUCUGGGUUACAUGCUGCAUAGUACCAGUCUCGGUUACAUGCUGCAUAGUACCAGUCUCGGUUACAUUCUGCAUAGUGAGUGAUGUUUGACAAUAUAUCCAUGUUUUUCGUUGUCCGACGUGAGUUUAUGGAUGUUUGAGAGGGAAAUUGGAGGGGCUGCAGGAAUACAACCCAAUACUUCUGUAAGGUUAGUCUAGUGGACUUAGUGUCUGUAUAGGGUUACUGGGGUUUGGUUAUGUAUAGGUUUACUGGGGUUUUGGUAUGUAUAGGGUUACUGGGGUUUAGUGUCUGUAUAGAGUUACUGGGGUUUAGUGUCUGUAUAGGGUUACUGGGGUUUAGUGUCUGUAUAGGGUUACUGGGGUUUAGUGUCGGUAUAGGGUUACUGGGUUUAGUGUCUGUAUAGGGUUACUGGGGUUUAGUGUCUGUAUAGGGUUACUGGGGUUUAGAGUCGGUAUAGGGUUACUGGGGUUUAGAGUCGGUAUAGGGUUACUGGGGUUUAGUGUCUGUAUAGGGUUACUGGGGUUUAGUGUCUGUAUAGGGUUACUGGGGUUUAGUGUCGGUAUAGGGUUACUGGGGUUUAGUGUCGGUAUAGGGUUACUGGGGUUUAGUGUCGGUAUAGGGUUACUGGGUUUAGUGUCGGUAUAGGGUUACUGGGGUUUAGUGUCGGUAUAGGGUUACUGGGGUUUAGUGUCGGUAUAGGGUUACUGGGGUUUAGUGUCGGUAUAGGGUUACUGGGGUUUAGUGUCUGUAUGGGGUUACUGGGGUUUAGUGUCUAUAGGGUUACUGGGGUUUAGUGUCGGUAUAGGGUUACUGGGGUUUAGUGUCGGUAUAGGGUUACUGGGGUUUAGUGUCGGUAUAGGGUUACUGGGGUUUAGUGUCGGUAUAGGGUUACUGGGGUUUAGUGUCUGUAUAGGGUUACUGGGGUUUAGUGUCUGUAUAGGGUUACUGGGUUUGGGUCUGUUACUGGGUUUGGGUAGGCUAUGGAGUCACAUACUGAAUGAAAUCUGCACUAUGUAAGCUACGGUAUGCAGGUGUACUGUACGUGAAUCAAUAACAGUGAGGAUUUGUUUGCUUCCACACUUUACAGGGGGCUAACAACCACAUGCACUGUAACUAUCUAGGGUUUUGUCCAUCAAAAUAACUUGUUUCAUUUUUAUUUCAAAACGUUUUGCUACAGUGUGCCCUACUGAACAGGACCAUGGUUCAUAGUGCAACUUAAUCAGGAAUAUGUUCACCUACCCCAGUAACGAAGAAGGGACCUUGGAUCUGACUGAGCAUGUAUAGAAAUGUACUGUACCCUCUGUUUUGUGACCUGCUUGUAGAAGAUAAGGUUUUUGGAGGAGCUUUGCACACAGCUCUACUACCCAAA